AUGCCAGGUCCACAACGACAACACCGCCUUCUAUUUGGACUCUUCUGCUUCUUGGCAGCAGUUUCGGUCACAAAUGCAGCAAUCUCGCUAUCCACGACGGUAACUGACGGACCUGAGGAAUGUGACAACGUCGACAAGAUUCAAAAGGGCAAUUACGUGCAGAUGCAUUACACGGGAAGCAUUGACGAAUCGUCCGAGACUGGAACUGCGGGUGAAGUCUUUGAUUCUUCGGACAAGCGUGGCAAAACUUUUGAUUUUACCGUCGGAAAGGGACAAGUCAUCAAGGGAUGGGACCAUGGGUUGUUGGGAUUGUGUAAGGGUGCCAAGGCGACGCUAAUUGUUCCACCCCUGUUGGGAUAUGGAAGUCGUGGGGCGGGAGGAGGUCUCAUUCCCGGUGGAGCCACUCUUCGGUUUGAUGUAGAAGUGGUGGACGUUGCGGACGACGAAGGCUUGCCGGAAGAUGAACACGAACCGGAUUUGUUUGGAUUUUUGGAUGAAGAUGGAGAUGGCAAGUUGUCGCCUGUGGAACUUGCAGAUUACUUUCAGAUGCAGGGAUCUGCCAUGCCCGAUGACUUGAUGGAACGAGAAGACAAGGAUGGAGAUGGAUUCAUUUCGUGGGAAGAGUUCAGUGGACCAAAGGGAGCGACACCUCCAGGAUCCGUGGGUGAUGAAUUGUAA